ACGUGGGUGUGGCUACGCUACAAAGCUAGCUAGCUGGGAUGGAGGGAAGCGUGCCUCAGCAGCACCUGCUGGGACUGAAAGUGAUGAGACUGACGAAGCCGAUGCUGAGCUAUGCAGUUCCAGUUCUUGGGGAGCCUUGGGACAUGUUAGGGACGACACUGGAAGAGAACCUCUCCCAGGACAUCCGCAGCCCGAGAGACCUGCCAGCCUGCUCCACCGGAGAGACGCUACGGCUGCCCAUGAGCUUCGGGCUGAUAUUCCUGGGGGAGACUUUCAACGGCUUCAUUUCAGUCCACAAUGACAGUCAGGAUGUCGCCAAAGAUGUGGCCGUAAAGGUGGAGUUGCUGACUCCGUCUCACCGUCAUCUGCUCCUGUCGGAGCCCCCCCUUCCCCAGCUGGACCCCUCCGCCUGCGAGGAGAGGAUCAUCUCCCACGAGGUCAAGGAACUUGGAGAACACAGUCUGAUAUGCACUGCCUCAUAUAUGGUCUUUGCAACCGGAGAAGAGAUGCUGUUGAGAAAGUUCUUCAAAUUUGGGGUAGCGAAGCCGCUGGACGUGAAGACAAAAUUCAUGAACAUUGAGGAGGACAUUCUUCUGGAGGUCCAGAUACAGAAUGCCACGCCCACUCACAUGUUUCUCGACACCGUAACCUUUGACCCUUCGGCGGGGUUCAGAGCCCAAGACUUGAACACCAUUCGCACCAACAAGUCGGCCAAAAAACCAACGAUCCAACUCAAUAAUGUUUGUUUUGCAGUUCGGAGGUGUCAGUGUUUGGAAAAGAUAACCUUCUUCCUCCACGGAACAUCCGUCAACACCUGUACAAACUGACUCCCCUCGGUCCUCUACAAACUUCCGGAGUGGUCAGUAAUGUGCAGGUAGGAAAGAUGGAUAUCGUGUGGCGAUCUCGGUUUGGAGAGAGGGGCAGGAUCCAAACUGGACAGCUCAAAGCCACACUGCCUCCACUCCCGCAGUUGAAGGUGACGGUGGUGGAGUCACCAGGUACUGUCAGUCUGGAGAGACCGUUCAGAAUCACUCUCAGAGUUCACAACGGAAGUGGUGGACCAAUGAGGCUUCGAUCUGUACUGGAGAAACACCCAGGAGCUGGCAUCCUCUGGACUGGCGUGACGGGGAAGGUCCAUAAUGAGCUGCCUGCUGGAGGUUCAAUGGACAUGGUAGUCUCUCUGCUACCAGUUCUUCCCGGACUACAGAGCUUCAGUCCCCUGCUAUUUGUGGACGUGCUGUCAAAUCAAAAGAAGUAUCAUUUCAAUAAACUCGGACAAGUUUUUGUAGAAAUACAACCACCGGAAACAUUAAGUAGUGCAUAAAAAAUAUCUCAUUGUCUGUAAACAAAUUUUAAAAACUUGGUGUCUUUCUUUACUUGAAAUUAGCGUACAUUUCAAAGGAGUCGAGAAACUCAAUGAGAGUCUGGUAGCAGAACCUGUAUUGCUCAGGACUGGCCACCAGCCCAGGUCUCUGCAUCCUCAACUUGCGGACCGUCUGGAACACAUCCACCACUCCCUCAGUCUUCAGCCUCUCAAUGAGGAUGCUCACUGCUAUGUAGGUCCCAGUCCUUCCACAUCCUCCACUGCAGUGGACUAUGAUGGGUUUGUUGUCGCAGCUCCUCUGCCACCUCUGGACCUGACCAAUCAGAUCGAUGAGAGCCGACCCAGUCUCGGGGACCGAGUUCUCCGGCCAGUCCGUGUACUGGAAAUGCUUCACGAGUCGCGAGGACUCGUCUCUCGUGUCCACAAGGUUGAACUCCCUAAUACAACCAUUACAUCAUCCAUACACCCACAGGGAACACAGUAUUCUACCUGAGAGUAU